AUGCACGCUCCGAAAGAUGGUUCGGGGUCUGGUUUUGUAAUAGGAGAAAGGAGAAUCAUUACCAAUGCCCACGUCGUAACGGACGCGACUCGCGUAUUGGUGCGUAGACAUGGAAAUGCCAAGAAAUACUUGGCGAGUGUGUUGGCGACCGCGCAUGAAGCGGAUCUGGCACUCCUCGAGGUGCACAACGACGAAUUCUGGGAGAACCUGGAGCCGCUACACUUCGGAGGCAUCCCUCACUUGGGUGAUAGCGUAAUUGUUCUUGGCUAUCCGACGGGAGGCGAUCAACUGAGCAUCACCGAAGGAGUCGUCAGUCGUGUGGGCAUGUCUCGCUACUCUCACUCGUCUUCCAAUCUGCUGACCGUCCAGAUCGACGCAGCGAUCAACCCGGGCAAUUCUGGAGGUCCAGCGAUGCACUUUCUAGACGACCUCGUUCGUCACAACAGAUACACUGACUUCCCAACGCUCGGAUUUAAGAUUGGACAUAUGGAGAACGAUGACCUCCGCGAGUUCAAAGGCCUGAAUUCAUUGAAGCCGGGGGACCUUCCCUUAGGGGUGACAGCUACCGGAGUGUUGGUUAUUGACGUCGACACGCUGCGGGUCACGCGCUACCGCACCGGCAAAAUUCGUGUUCCAUUCUUUUCCCAGCCCAUAGCUGGACGACAAAGUAGGAAGACAACAACCGGAUUCGCUCGUUGUGAUACACAUAGUCUGCGACUGAGAGGAACGUCUCUUGUUGGCCGUCAAUCGGAUUCUUCCGCCUUGCGCCCAGCGGGCACUCCUGCGCCGCAGGACCAGUCGCGUUCUGUUUCAGUUACAGUGAGUGCACGCGUCGACGCCACCCGCGAGCCGAUAAGUGCUAGAGAGGGUCAUGAUGCAAAUUCCGCUGUGCAAGCUGGCCAACAUGGAGCCGUGGCUGGCUCAGCUUCUGUUUUGCCUCCGUCGUUCCCGUUGCACCGUAGCAAGUGUCCACCAGCUCGGAACACACAUGCGCCUGGCGGGACUUGGCCAGGGUCAAAAGAAGACUUGCUCAUCCCCGAUCCGUAUUUUCAAGAGCAGCAGUCUAGUGCGGAUGGCCCAGAACUUGGGCUUAAAGUGGGGGACGUCAUUCUUGCUAUUGGUGGAAAAGACGUUGCUGCCCACGGCACAGUUGCUUUCAGACAACUGGAACGUGUGUCUGUUGACUACACGGUCGCUUAUCGGUUCAAUGGGGAGACAUGCGACGCUCUGAUCCUGAGAGAUGGGAGCCUGCAAAAUGUUCUGGUGCCUCUCACAGUUUCCAAUUUACGCGUCCCCCGGCACAGGGCCGGCCAAGCACCGAAGUACUUUGUCUUUGGCGGUUUGGUCUUCACGACUCUUACCCAACGACUGAUGGAGGACAUAAGAUCCGGAGAGAACCUUACGUUUCUCUACCACAAACUUUCGAAGAACGCCUUCCAGAGAUCCGAGAACGAUGAGAUAGUCGUCUUGACUGCGGAGAUUCAAGAGCUAGCAGAGCUCGUGCGUAUCGUCGACGAGAACCAGGAUCAGUUCCUCGAAUUCACGGUGGAUGUCGGAGGGAGCACGUACUUUCUCGUUGUUCUGGACAGAAAGAAGGCGAUACAAGCCAACCCCCUGAUUCUGGAACAGCACGGGAUCCUCAAGGACCGGUCUACUUUUCUGUAA